GGAGAUUGUCACGAGCAAAGAGCCCUCAUUCAAUUGAACUCUCUUAAACCAACAAGACAUGGAAGAAGAGAAGCGCAUUAAAGAGAUAUUGAAUGAAGGUGUUAAAGUGUUCGAUUGGGCAAGAUGGGUAUCUACAGGAAUCGGUGUCUGGCCUCUCGCUUUAAAUAAUUACCUUUUUAAUAUAGCUUUUUUAUACUUUACAAUAGUUAUGAUUUUUGAAUACAUUGAUCUGUAUAUAUAUAUUUACGACCUCAAGGCUGUUAUGGAAAAUCUAUCGGAAAAUAUUGCAUUUACAAUUGUUUAUAUGUAUACAUUUUUAAUACGGGUGAAUAUUGAAAAAUUCGCUAAAAUAUUUAAACAAGUUUUGAUGGAUUACAAUAGUGCAAGUGCGUUCAAAAAUUUAGAAGAAGUUAAAGUAUUUAUGAUGUAUACUAAUAAUGCUAAAAUAUUUACCAAGUCUAUUAUUAUUUCGAUUGCGAUGUCAGAAUUUCUGUGGUACAUUCAACCAUUAACUACAUCAACUAAAUCAAAUAAUUCUGCCAAUGCUCUAGCUAUUGAUAAUGAAAUGGCAACUUUCAGUCUACCAUAUCACAUUUACGUUUUCUAUGAAAUUAAUUCUUUAAAAAAUUACGUGAUUUCUUAUGUCUCACUGAGUCUGUUUGCGGUUAUCAACGCUUUGGGUAUCAUGAGUCUCAAUAUAUUUUUAAUAAUUCUUGUUUUCCAUGUAAGCGGCAGACUGGCUGUCUUGGCUAUAAGAAUUGAUGACUUACAAAAGAACAUUAGUAAGCCACGAGAUGAAUUUGUUGAAAUUAUUACUGAGCAUAUCAAAGUAUUGAAACUGGGAAAUGACAUCGCAGAUGUAUUUUCUACACCAUUGCUAGUAUAUUUUUUAUUAACUAAUUUAUUGUUAUGUAUUUUGGGAUAUGAAAUAUUACUUAAUAUUAUGUCGGGUUUGAAUUCAGAUAUUAUGCAGUUUAUUGUACUAUUGUCUACUGUUUAUCUCAUGUUGUUUGUUAUUUGUAUGAAUAGCGAAAAUCUUGCUAGCGAGAGUAAUAAUGUUUGCCGAGCAUUUUAUAAUUGUAAUUGGCACAAUUUGCCGAAGAAUAACGUAAAAGAUAUUAUUUAUUGUUUGGUAAGGUCGCAAAAACCGAUAUUUCUGAAGGCUGGUAAAUUUUCUACUUUUAGUUACAGCACAUUUGCGGAUGGUAAUAAAGUCAGUCAAGCAUUUUACAAUUGCAGUGGAUACAAUUUACCAAAAGACUGUGUAAAAAAUAUUACUUAUUGUUUAGUUCGCUCACAAAAACCUAUUGCGAUAAAGGCGGGAAAAUUUUCAACUUUUAGUUACGGUACAUUGACUGAUAUGAAAGAGCUACUGAAUGAGGGUGUCAAAGUGUUUGAUUGGGCAAGAUGGAUAUCUGUGGGAAUCGGUGUCUGGCCUCUCACUCUAAAUAAUUAUAUUUUUAAUAUAGCUUUUUUUUACUCUACAGUUGUUUUGAUUUUUGAAUUUAUUGACCUCUUUGUACAUAUUUACGAUUUUGCGGCCGUUGUGGACAAUCUAUCGGAAAGUCUAGCUAUUACCAUCGACUAUUCCUACACCUUUUCACUACGAUUUUAUAACAAAAAAUUGGCUCAAGUAUUGAAAGAAGCUUUGAUGGAUUACAAUAGUGCAAGUGCAUUCAAAAAUUUAAAAGAAGUUGAAGUAUUUAUUACUUAUACUAAUACUGCAAAAUUUUUCGCCAAGUACAUUAUUAUAUUCAUUGCGCUAACGGAAAUUGUUUGGUUGGUACAGCCGUUGCUGACAUUUUUUAUGUUUGAUAGCACGAUAUCUAGUGACAAUGAAACGACGUCAUUUAUUUUACCAUAUCGCUUUCAUGUAUUUUAUGAAAUAAAUGAUAUUCCAAUGUAUUUAUUAACAUAUUUUUGGCAAGCUCCAAAUGCUGCUGUUAAUGGUUUCGGUAUCAGUAGUAUUAAUGUAUUUUUGUUAAUCCUUGUUUUCCAUGUAAGUGGAAGGUUGGCUAUUUUGGCUUUAAGAAUUGAUGAAUUUGAAUUCAAAAAAAUAAAUCCCCGGGAUGAACUUGUUGGGAUUAUUGUUGAACACAUCAAAAUUAUGAAGUUGGGAGAUGAAGUUUCUGACAUAUUUGCUACACCAUUAUUGAUAUUUUUUGUUUUGACAAAUUUACUUUUGUGUAUUAGUCUGUAUCAAAUACUACUUAAUUUUGUAACGGGAUUGAAUUCGGAAGUUUUUCAAUAUAUUAUACUUGUUAUAACAGUUUAUCUCAUGUUAUAUGUUAUCUGCAUGAAUGGUGAACUUCUUUUACUUGAGGGUAAUAAAGUCAGUCAAGCAUUUUACAAUUGCAGUGGAUACGAUUUACCAAUAGACUGUGUAAAAAAUAUUAUUCAUUGUUUAGUUCGGUCACAAAAACCUAUUGCGAUAAAGGCGGGAAAAUUUUCAACUUUUAGUUACGGUACAUUGACUGAUAUUACAAAGACGGCCAUGGGAUACUUAUCUAUUUUAAGAAAAUUAUUAAUGAAUCAAUAAUAUUUGAAAUUAAUUAAAUUUAUUACUACAUAUAGUAGUUUAAAUACAAUUAUUCAAAUAUGUUAUUAUAUAGAUAUUUAUAUUUAAGAGUUAUAUGUACGUAAGUUUGAUAGAUAAAAUUGUAAAAAUGAAAAGAGAAAAAUUAUUAAAA